CACGCAUGCGCACACCGCUCUCGCUCAGAUGUCAGCUGCAGCACAGACAGCGGACAAACAGUUAGCUUCGGCUCGUUAGCGCAGGGAAGUGACACACUCUGACCAAAAGCCUCUCGAGCCUCAGCAAAGUAAUGAAGUAGACUAGCCGGACAGCUAACUACGCGUACUUUAACCAGAAGAGGCUGACACUGUCACACGGUGAACAUGGAGUUUGAAGACAUAGACUCAGAGAGCCGGUGGCAAAAACUCUAUCUAGAAAUCAGGAAUCAGUCCCACGAGUGCUCCUACAAAGUGGCAAAGUAUCCAGAGAACCGCAACAGAAACAGAUACAGAGACGUCAGUCCGUUCGAUCACAGCCGGGUGAAGCUGGAGAACACGGAGAAUGACUACAUCAAUGCGAGUCUGGUAGUCAUGGAGGAAGCCCAGAGGAGUUACAUAUUGACUCAGGGCCCCCUCAGGAACACCUGUGGCCACUUUUGGCUCAUGAUCUGGGAGCAGAAGACCAAGGCAGUCAUCAUGCUGAACAGGGUCAUCGAGAAAGGCUCGGAAAAGUGUGCCCAGUACUGGCCCACGGCUGAGGAGAGGGAGAUGGCCUUCAGAGACACGCGCUUCUUGGUUACGCUGUUGUCAGAAGACACCAAGUCUUACUACACCACCAGAGUGCUGGAGCUGCAAAAUAAUAGCACGGGAGAGAAGAGGGAGAUCUACCACUUUCAUUACACCACGUGGCCUGAUUUUGGUGUCCCAGAGUCUCCGGCAUCCUUCCUAAACUUCCUUUUCAAAGUGCGGGAGUCAGGAGCGCUGGGGGUGGAUCACGGGCCGGCUGUGGUGCACUGCAGUGCUGGAAUCGGACGUUCGGGAACGUUUUCAUUAGUCGACACAUGUGUGGUUCUGAUGGACAAGAGGAAAGACCCCUCAUCAGUGGACAUCAAAAGCAUCCUGUUGGACAUGAGGAAGUACCGCAUGGGUCUGAUCCAAACCCCUGACCAGCUGCGCUUCUCCUACAUGGCAGUCCUCGAAGGAGCCAAGUGUAUAACGGGAGACUCCUCUGUACAGAACCGGUGGCAGGAGUUGUCCAGGGAAGAUCAGGAGCCAACAUCGGAGUCCCCCCCCUCAGCUCAGCCUCAGGCCAGGUGUCCGACAGAGCGGUGCAACGGCAGCCAGCGGGGAGGUCAGCUGGAGGAGGGAGGGGACUACAGACAGGAUGGCAAAGUGCCCGCACAGUCUCCCUGCAAGGAACAGGAGCUGGACGGCAGCACGACACAUAAACGGCGCAGAGAAGACAGCAUCUCCAAAUCAGGCACAGCCAAGACGCCCCAAAGCAAGCCCAGGACGAACGACUCUGAGAAGAAGAGAAAAAGUUUGGGCUGCAUUUGCUGCACAUGACAAGAGCUGGCCUGUCCAGUGGGGGGCAGUGUAUCUUUACCCCCCUCUGCGACAGCGACAACGACCACGAAGAGCACAUUUAAAGGACGAAGUUUACCCACAGCUUUUAUAAAGAACUCCCACUCUUAUACAUGGAGGUGUGUGUGGUGUGUGUGUGUGAUGUCUGCUGUGUUUUUGUUUCCCUUGAGGUUUUGUUCUUGUUUUCUUGAUUUGCUUGGCCCCUGUGGUUUGGAGUUGUGUUAAUUUUGGCUGCACUCUAGCAUGGUGUGUGGUUGGGUGUGUAUAUGUGUGUACAUUUGUGGUUGACGGUCGUUGGCGCUCUGAAAUGUUAGGUUGAGAUGGAAAUAAUGCAAGGUGCUAACUUCUUUUUAAAGAGCAUCAUCACAUCUGAAGGCGAAUUUUCAUCUGUUCAAUCUGUUCGAGCAAGCCAGAGAUCAAAUUAACAACUACCAAAGUUUUUUCUGUUGGGGGUGCUAGAACAGAAUCAUUGAUGGUACCUUGACAAUCAUCCAAGGAAGUAAUUCACCAAUAAACAGUCAAUUCUUGUCCUGAGGCUAUAAAUCCAUCACACCAAACAUGUUGAAGCUCAUUCGAUGCAUGUUCGUAUGGUUUUGCUGCUGUCCUAACUUUCAGACUCGCUUCAUGAGGUCUUAAAGUUUCUUCAGGACUACAGCAUGGCUGUGUUCUUGGUUUGUGGAUUUGAUACUGCAUCAGUUGUGUUUUGGCCUUGUGAACGUUUCAAUAGAAGUUUGAAAUUCAGCAGCGGUUUGGUAACUGAACCUUUGUUCAUUUAACAGGCUGGAGGACUGUUGAGUGUAACGUCUUGUGCUGUAGUUCAUCAAAUUAGAUUUGGGCUGCAAUUUAGUACAUUUAGUCUAGGGGAUGUCAGGGGACAGAAUUGUGAAGCCAAAUGUGUUCUAGAAAUAAUCAGUUACUAUCAAUUACUAUCACAUGAGACAAAGGAGCAGCAAGUCCUCAAAAUAAGGAAGCUAUAACGAGGGAAUGUUCGGUAUUUUUGCUUUGAAAACUACUUUGAUUAUCAAAAUAGGUGCUGAUAAUGUUCUGCCAUCUAACCAAUCAUUUCACUUCUAAAGACAUUCUUUCUGUUUCAUGUGUUAUUUAUGCUGGGGUGAGAAGGUUUGAGCGGUAAACGGCACAGACACAAACAAGGCUGGAUUUAGCAGAUUUAUGUCUACAUAACCUUUUCUCUGGCUGAUUUUUGAAGGUGGCAGCACAGUAGGUGCUCAUUUCAUGUUCCCAGAACUCCACAUUACAUCUUUGAAAGUCUGACCAACAAACCAAAACCCAAUCAAAGAGAGAGAAAAAAACUAAAAAAAGUGACAUUUUUGCUGGAUAAAGAUUAAUCAAAGAUCAAAGUUUAACUGAUUGUUUCACAUCACACGGGGAUGAGUCAGAUCAGAUCUAAUGCUGUGUUGUAAUGUUUAGAAAUGACCACAUUUGUGUUCAAGUGUUCAAAGCUAAGAAUAUCUGGGCAGAUGUUGCUUUUUAAACACAACUGCUUUGCAUUGAUAAUCAGUCUAAUGUUGACACUGACAUGCCACAGCUUCCCUUUCCUGCUCUGCCGUUUGGUUUUAGACACUCACUAACUUGAUUUUGUGGCACGAGUCGCUUUGAUCACUCCUGAGCUUCACUGACACUCUGUUAGGAGAUUUGUCAAGUUCAACCUC